UCAUAUAAUGCAAUAUAUAUAAGUUGACAAAUAAAACAAUAAUCUCAUACACUAACUUUCACCAAUCUCUAGCUUCCAAACACAAAACAUGCAAAGCGGCAGAGAUGAGCCAGUAUCACCUGCUGGACGGUUAUUUUUGCAGUCAAAAACUGAGCUUAUAAUCAACUGUUCAAUAGGCUUCAAAAAUCCCCUUGAACCAGAAGCCAUGAAAACAUAUUUUGCAAACUCUUUAUUCAUGAAACACCCUAGAUUUUGCAGUCUCUUAGUGGUGGAUGCAAAGGGUAGGGAAUUUUGGAGGAAAACCAAAAUCAAUAUAGAUGAUCAUGUAAUCAUUCAUCCCAAAAAUCCAAGCUUAGAAUGUGAAUCAGAGGAAGAAUGUGAGGACAAAAUCAAUGCUAUUUUAGCAGAUUAUGCAGUUUCUUCUCCUUUGAGUAUGGAGAAACCCUUAUGGGAGUUACACAUAAUUAGUGAACUUAAAUGUAUGAUUUUUCGAUUUCAUCAUGCUAUGGGAGAUGGCAUUUCUUUGAUGUCAUUGUUUUUAGCUACUUGCAAAAGAUUAUGUGAUGGUAAAGAUGCUCUUAGUGAUGUCAAUGUUGGUGAGAAUAAGAAGGGAGAAAUCAAGAAAAGGAAGGGGAAAGGAAAUCCAUUCAUAAGAAUAUUGAAGGUGAUUUGGUGGACAAUACUUUCUGUGAUGGAGGUGAUUGGAAGGUCUUUAUGGGUAAGAGAUAAAAAGACUGUGAUUAGCGGCGGCGAUGGGGUGGAGCUCUGGCCGAGGAUGGUGGCAACUGCCAAGUUUACUCUUGAGGAUAUGAAAACUGUCAAAAGGACUAUUCCUCAGGCGACCAUCAACGACGUUCUCUUUGGCGUUUUAUCUUUGGGGUUUUCGAAAUAUUUGGAGAGUCGAUCGUCACAAGGUUUGCAGGAAGGACAACAAAUUACGGGAUUAGCCAUGGUUAAUUUAAGAAAGCAACCCGGAUUACAGGAAGUAUCCAAGUUAAUGGAUGAAAAUUGUUCCAGAUGGGGCAAUAAAUUCGGGUUUAUGAUAUUGCCUGUUUAUUAUCAUAACACAAAAGAUGCAGAUCCACUGAAGUUUGUAAAAAGAGCUAAGGUGAUGAUUGAUCGGAAAAAACAAUCCUUGGGGGCUCAUUUCUCAUACUAUGCAGGGAAGUUUACGAUGUCUCUAUUUGGACCAAAGGCUGCGAGCAUGUCUAAUCACAAAAUUCUUUGCAAUACAACCUUCACCAUCUCAAACAUAGUUGGUACACAAGAGGAAUCCACAUUUGCUGGAAAUCCCAUGACCUAUAUAACAGCAACAACUACUAGCUUGCCUACUGCGGUUAUGAUGCACAUGGUGAGCUAUGCGGGAAAGGCUAGCUUGCAAAUUUCAGUGGCAAAAGAAAUAAUCCCUGAUCCACGCUUUAUGGCAAAGUGCUUUGAAGAUGCCUUGCUCGAAAUGAAGACUGUUGCACAGCGUGCAGCAAUGGAUGAUGUCUGCUAGCUUAGCCAUUGGAUUCAAAAUUGCAAUCACGCAUGAUGAACCGAUGAGACCUUAGUGUAGUUAGUUGGCAUGUAUGCAUGAUCGCAUGGGCACUAUGGAUCUGUAAUACUAUAUGUGCUUAGUGAGUAUGUGUGAUUUUAUAUGAUCGAUGUGAUGCCUAAGUAAGCUGCUAAAGUUCCUAUAUACAAUACUCUAGCAUUUAUUUUAGUCUACAAGACUACGUAUUCCCACAACAAUGUUGUAUCCGUGAAAAAUUCUCCAUUCACAUUACUCAUUUUUUAGGGUAGCUAUAGAUUCUAAGUACAAUGGUGAUUGUGUCAAAAAAGAUCAACUACUACUAUGUUAUAAAGAGUAUGUUAUACUAUAUUUCUCCCCAUAAAAGCAAAAAAGAGAUUGUAGAUUAGUUGGUUAUUGUUUUCGUAUUUAAAAUAAGAGGUUGCGUGUUCGAGUCUUCACACGUACAUUUUCGUUAAUUACUUUAUAGUUUUGUUUCAAAGGACGAAGUACAUGUGGUAGCAUAACAUUUGUUUGCUUUGGGUUAUAUAUAUAUACUAGUUUUUUAUGCACGCGAUGUGUGCAACGA